GAUGACGUCGGAGCGUUCUCGAACCCCGUGUCUCUCGGCCGCCGCCGCCGCCGCCGCCGCCGCCGGAGGAGGAAAAGGGAAAAAGCAACAAGAAGGAAGAGCAAUGGCGACACCGGAUCGCAAAGUGCCCAGUCCGGAGGCGUUUCUGGGCAAACCCUGGUCCUCCUGGAUCGACGCCGCCAAAUUACACUGCUCCGACAAUGUAGAUGUAGAAGAGGCCGCAAAAGAGGGCGGAAAAAGCAGGGAGGUGAUGAGGCUUAAUAAAGAAGAUAUGCACUUGUUCGGCCACUACCCUGCGCACGACGACUUCUACUUGGUGGUGUGCAAUGUGUGCGGUCAAGUGGUCAAGCCCCAGGUGUUCCAGUCGCACUGCGAAAGAAGGCACGGUUCGAUGUGUAAGGCUUGCCCCUCUCCAGCGUCUCCGCCUUCCAACGCCAGGACGUCACUAGUCCAGGUGAAAUCCAAAUCCUCCGUCAGCGGCCCUAACCCUGUCAGCAACAACUCAAAGCCAUUCAGAACGCCCAAAGACAAUCUUCUUACCUCCAGUAGCAAACAGCACACAGUCUUUCCUCCGAAAGCGUCGAGGGAUAAACCAUGCGUUCCAGUGCCCGUAGUCAGUUUAGAGAAAAUUCCUAACCUGGUGAAGGCCGAUGGUGCCAACGUCAAAAUGAACGCGACCGCCACCCCCGCGGCUCCCUCCUCUUCCUCCUCCUCUUCCUCCUCCUCCUCCUCCUCAUCCUGCUCCUCCAACCCCUCGCCCGCCCUCGCGGCCCCACUGGGUGCCAAGCCUGCCCUCCUGCCCAGACCGGUGCCCCCAUCGCCGGAGAAGGUCCUGAAUGGCAGGGGUGGUGCGACCCCCGCCUUAGACAGGAAGCACCAGAACGGCACGAAGGGCAGCAAGCCGUACAAGAGGCUGGCAGAGCGAGAAUUUGACCCAAAUAAGCACUGUGGAGUGUCGGACCCCGAGACCAAGAAACCUUGCACAAGAUCCCUCACCUGCAAGACACACUCGCUGAACCACCGGCGGGCAGUUCCGGGCCGAAAGAAGCAGUUCGACAUCCUGCUGGCCGAGCACAAGGCCCGAUCCAGGGAAAAAGAGGGCUCCAAAGACAAGGAGCAUCUCCUGCCGCCACCCCCGCCGGCGGGGCCGGGGACCAGAGACGCGCACCAGAGCCAGCCGGUCCCGGGGCCGGACCCUCUCGCGGGAGCCGCCUCCGCCUCUGGGCCGGAACCUAAAGUAGCGUCUCCCGCAAAAUCUAGACCGCCCAAUUCCGUACUUCCUCGACCAUCAUCCGCAAACAGCGUCAACGGUUCCGGCUCCUCGACGCACGGCGGCUUCGGCCCCGAGCUGCCCCUGCCCUCCCUGGGCCGCGAGCUACCCGGCCGGCUGUCCAGCGACGAGGGCGACACGGAAGGAACUGACGAGGCGGAGAAGCUGGACUGCCAUUAUUCCACGCAUCACCCCAAAUCGUUUGGGUUCUGCUCGUUCGGGAGCCGCCUCAUGGGCCGCGGCUACUACGUGUUCGACCGCAGAUGGGACCGGUUCCGACUGGCCCUCAACUCCAUGGUGGAGAAACACUUGAAUUCCCAGAUGUGGAAGAAGAUACCCCCCGCGGCCGACAGCCCAAUGCUUUCGCCGUCGGCGCCCCUGCCCUCCCCCGGCCCAGCCUCCUCAGUCCUGCAGCCGUUCAGCAGCCCCACUGCCGCGUACCUGUCCCCCGCGCCCGUCAGCGCCCGGAUCACCUCUCCGUACCUGAUGGCGCCCGCCGGGCUCUCCGGAGCCCCCUUCGGCACCCCUUCGGACGCGGGCGCCCUCGGGCCCCACCCGGCGGCCUUCCCGCAGGCGGCCGCCGCCUCUCUGGGCAUCCUGGACUGCGCGUUCAAGGCCCCGGCCGCCGUGGCCCCCGUCCCGGCCGCGGCCCCCUCCCCGUCCCACAAGCCAUCGUCGAAAACCAAAACCAGCAGAUCCUCAAAAGUCAAGGACCCGGCCUUCCACGGCGAUGAGGCCGCGGGUGGCAAAAAGCGGAAACCGCCGCCGUCCCCCUCGCCGUCCCCCUCGCCCUCCCCCUCGCCGUCCUCGUCCCCGUAUUCAGGGCCCCACAGGAAGAACUGCGUCUUGAACCCCAACUCCACCUUGAACUCGUACCCGGCCCCGUGUUCCUACAACAGCCUGUCGGCGCACAGCGCCAACAACGGGACCGGCGUCCUCAGUGCCAAGCUGGAGCCCCCGGGGCGGACGGCGGCCCUCUCGGGCGGCUCCUCGGACUCGGCCGUCCGACGCCUGGGCCCGGGCGGGGGCGGCGGGACGGUGGAGGCCUGCAACCUCGCCCUGGCCGCGCACCAUGCCGUGACCUCGCUGCCGCUGGCCUUCGACAAGGCGGAAGGCAAGAAGCGGAAGAACUCGAGCGCGAGCGGCAAGGCCUGUAAGAUCGCCAAGAUGGCGGGCAUGAACAGCGUUCAUCGGAAGAGCCCCUCCAGCCUUAUCUCGCCAGUGCCAGACCCUGCGAACAGCUCCGUCUCUCGGCAGGUUGGAAAAAACAGCAGUGUAGCUUUUUCCCAAUCCAGCACGUCCAGCACAUCCAGCCUGGGACACAACCGGCAGUUGGAAAACUUGUAUGCCUUCUUUUGUAUCAAUGUACCGAUUGUAAAUAAUGCAGAUCGACCUUUGUAGAGAAUAGUUUAUACAGCAUAUUCUAUUAUUGCUGAUUCUCAGUGAACUAUUGUUUUAAAAAAAAGAAAAAAAAGACAUUUUUCUAUUUACACCUUCUAUUUUGUUAUGCUGUUCCCCGUGGCACUUUAACAAAACUCUUUGGGUUUUGCCUAGCUGGCCAGCCAUGGGAAUAUUAAAUAACUGUUGUUGCACAGAAAAAGAAUUUGCACCUGCUCUCUUGUGCUUUCCUACUACAGAUUUUAGAACCUUUUCCAGAAGACUUUUGAAGACGCAUGUCCAAUCAUUCGAAAAAAAAUGCCAUAUUGUAGAGUGGAUUUCUUUUCUACGAUCCAUGUUUUGUAACACUAAGUAUUUUCAUCCUUUGUCCCGCACCUUCCUCUAAUAGCCCUCUCCGGUAGAAUUCAUUCCACGCUUGUGAUAAUUGUAAGCAGAAUAAAUGUCUAAAGUCGGUGUAAAUAGUAAAUUCUACAGCUUACAGUUUUAAAGGAGAAGAAGAAGCAGACAUAGCUGGAUCUGAGGAUACUGCCAUGGUUCAGUGUCGGGCGGGGAGGAGAUUUGAGUGAGCGAUUGUAUUUUGGGGUUUUGCUUUCUUUUUUUUUUUCUUUUUUCCUUUUUUUUUGGUAACAUG